AUGGAGACAGAUUCUCUGUUAUUUUCAAAAUCGAGUAAUGCUUUGGCUCAAUUUAGCGAAUCAGCGAGCGAAGAGGAGCCGAAAUUGUACAGAAGACGUUGGGUUAUGUUGGCCAUUUUAACCUUACUCACAGCAGAGAAUUUAACUCAAUGGCUGUUCUACAGUGCGAUUAGCAACAUUACGGAGUAUCAUUUUGGCGUUUCAUCAUUCCCAGCGCAAUGUCUGUCUCUCAACAAUCUCGCAAUCAUCAUGAUUUUUGGUUUACCGGCAACGUUUAUUAUCAACAGAACGACUCUGAAGUCUGGCAUUCUGAUAAGUGGCUUACUGAGUCUUGUAGCUUUAUGGAUGAAGUUUUUCGGGGCGGGGAAAAACGGAUUUGCUUUGUCAUUAUGCGGACAAAUUUUCGCAUCUUUUGGGACUUGUUUUAUACUUCCACUUCCCGUACAACUGGCUUCAAUUUGGUUUGGGAUAUAUGAGAGAUCUCUUGCAACAUCUAUAGCUGCUAGUUGCCUAUCUUUUGGUAUGGGAUCAGCCUAUUUAUUUGCAGUUCAGUUCGUACCAGAUGUCGAGAACCAUACAAAAGUUGAAGAUGGCAUACGUAAAAGUAUCCUUGUUCAAGCAGUGCUGUGUUCGACAACGAUUAUUGCGGCAGUGAUUUUGUUUGAUAAUGUGCCUCCAUCCCCACCGAGUCCAUCCCAAGCUGCAGUCAGCACAGAUGAACAAGUAAGGCCACCAUAUCUUCAUUCUUUACGAGAAAUGUUGAGCAAUACCUCAUUUGUACUAACUGGACUAACAUUUGGGGCAGUUACCGGUGUGCUUUACACAUUUUUCAGCCUACUGAGUGAUAUCGUCCUUGACAACUAUGACGUUGAUGAAGAUGUGGUUGGAUGGAUGGGUUUCAUUGGGUCAAUUAUCGGUAUCCCUGGUAUGCUCAGCGCAGGGUUCUGGCUUGAUCGGACAAAGACUUAUAAAAAAUCAUUCGUGGGAUGUUCAGGUCUAAUCUUCCUCACAUGUUUGGGUUUUACAUUAGCAGUGAAGUACAAUGCACCUAUAAGUGUGGUGUAUGUUCUUGUUGGGUUAUUUGGUUUCUUAACGGCAGCUCUAACAACCAUUGGUUUCCUGCUUGGUGCCGAACUUACUUAUCCCGUUCCUGAGCUUAUGUCAACUGGAGCACUUUUGACGAGUGGACAGGCGUUCGGCGUUUUAGUAUUGGGCAUAACAUCCUACACUGUAGCUGCAGUCAGUAGUGAAUUUGUGAAUUGGUUUAUCACUGGCAUAUGUUUGUUUGCCUUUUUGGUUACUCCGUUCAUAAAAUCGGACUUCCGACGGCUUGCAGAAGAUAGUCAAGAUAGCAUUGCUUCGUCAAGCACUAUUGUAGCUACAAAAAGGAAGUAG